UUUGACCCGAACAACCCGUAUGCAUUCCAAGAAAAUAAUCCUAGCCCACCACCCAUUCGUCCAAUGCCUCGUCCAUUUUUGAUACACUCUUCUAUGCCCCAAGAAGCGAGUUAUGCAUCGUAUCUUGGGAAUUGUUUGUUUACUAACUUCCCACACACCGAGGAUUCGAUACCUACCCCGUUUACACAAACGCCCAUCAACCUUUCACCAACCUCCAUCGAUCUUUCACAAAACGAAACCGUCCCCGAGACUCAACCACCCAACGAUGGUCCUUCCGCAUCGAAACCCAUCAAAAAGAGAAGCCAUAAGAAAAAAACCGAGGCGGAUAAAGCACUUGAAACCGCUAAGCGAAAACAACUAAAAUGGACCGUUCCUGAUGAACUUGCAUUGGCGAGGGGUUGGUUUCAACAAUCUCAACAUGCAACUUUAGGAAAUUCUCAACAUCGAACCCAUUUGUGGCAAGGGGUUAGUAGAGUAUUCCAUCAAGAAUUGGGAAGAGAGGUUUAUCGUGAAAAUGAUAGCUUAUCCUCGAAGUGGAGCGACAUAAGCGGCCAACUUACAAAAUAUAGUGGCAGAAUGUGGGAGAGGAAAUGGAGAGACUUAGAAAGAAAGGAAUUCUUAAAAGAUGUUCAGAAUGAAGAGAGGAUUGCUGAAAGGAGGAAGAAGGCAUCAAUUCCAAGAUACAAGUUUAUGAAGUGGACUCCUGUAAUAGAUCAAACUCCAAUGUAG